AAUUUAUUUACUUUUAAAAAUAGGAAUGAAAAUGGCUUCUGAAAACUUUGCAAUGGGAAUUUUUCUAUUCUCCCAGAUUACAUUGGGAAUAUUUGGCAAUUCCUCAAUACUAGUCUAUUAUGUCAUUAAGAUAGUCACUGGGAAGCAUUUAAUGCCCAAAGACCUGAUUAUAGAGCACUUGACUUUUGCCAACUGCUUGUCUAUCAUCUCAAGAGGCAUUCCACAGACGCUGUCAGAUUACGGAUUUGAAGGUCUCCUGGAUGACAUUGGAUGUAAAUUGGUAGUGUAUAUUUCCCGCGUAACAAGGGUGAUGUCCCUUUACAUGAUGUGUCUAUUGAGUUGCUUCCAAGCAGUCACGAUCAGCUCCAGCAUCUCCAGGUGGAUAAAGCUUAAACACAGAGCCACAAAGUAUAUUGGUCCCUCCUGCUCAGUCAGUUGGCUUGUGCACCUUCUUCUAAACAUGUUGACUCCAACAAUAGUGUCAGGCCCCGGUUAUGACAAAAAUGUGACUAACAGGGUGGUUUAUGGGUAUUGCUCAUGGUUGUCUUGGAACACUAUGGCAAUAACACUAUAUAUGUUCUUACUUUUCUUCUUUGAUGGUCUAUGCCUGGGUCUCAUGUCCUGCUCAAGUGUCUACAUGCUGCAUAUGCUCUACAGACAUAAGAGACAAGUCAAGCAUAUCCACAGUGCUCAGCACUUUCUGAAAGUCUCCCCUGAAGACAGAGCCACCCAAACUAUUCUCCUGCUGCUAUGCACGUUUGUCAUCUCCUACACAUUCUCUUCCAUUGUGGUCAUUGUUAGGACCUGCUCCAAAUAUCCAGUGCUAUGGGGAGUAAAUGCAUUCACAUUUAUAGAAAUAUGCUUUCCAAUAUUUUGUCCCUUUGUUCUCAUCACCCAUAUGAAGUCUAGUUCCAGCCUGUUUUUUUCCUGCUUUAGUAAGAGAUAG